AUGAAGGUGGAUGGAUGGUCCGGGCUGGGCGCACUCGCCGGCAGCCACGGCCGGGACCUGGCCACCGCUGCAGACUCUCGCCGCGCCGAGGAGGAGUCAGUGGCGACCGGCCCGGGGACCUGCGCCCUGGGCGCAGAGGCGGUGCCUUUUGGCGCCCCACGCCGCGGUGCCCGGCGCCCCGACUCCCGAGAGAUGGUCCGGCACGUCGGCCGCUCUCACGAGCGCGUCUUGCUGCUGCUGCUUUGCUGGGGCACUCUGCACGCGCAGCUUCACGCGCGCCCUGGCCUGGAACUGCGCCGCGAGGCGGAGGCAUUCCUGGAGAAGUACGGAUACCUCAGUGCAGGCACCUCCAGUGCCCCCACCUUCACACAAUUCAGCAAUGCCAUCAGGGAGUUCCAGUGGGUGUCCCAACUGCCAGUCAGUGGUGUACUGGACCCUGCCACUCUGCGUCAGAUGACACUGCCCCGCUGUGGUGUGGCAGAUGCUAAUAGGCAGGGGUCCCAGACUUCGAGGAUCAGUGCCCUGUUUGCUGGACCCCGGACCAGAACGAGACGAAAGAAACGCUUUGCAAAGCAAGGUAGCAAGUGGUACAAGCAACACCUAUCCUAUCGCCUGGUGAACUGGCCACAGCACUUGCCUGAACCAGCCGUCCGAGGAGCCGUUCGAGCCGCCUUCCAGCUCUGGAGCAACGUCUCAGCACUGGAAUUCUGGGAGGCCCCAGUCACAGGACCUGCUGACAUCCGUAUCACCUUCUUCCAAGGGGAUCACAAUGACGGAUUGGGCAACGCCUUUGAUGGCCCAGGAGGGGCUCUGGCGCACGCCUUUCUGCCCCGACGGGGAGAAGCGCACUUCGACCAGGACGAGCACUGGUCCCUGAGCCGCCGCCGCGGGCGCAACCUGUUCGUGGUGCUGGCGCACGAGAUCGGCCACACGCUCGGCUUGGCCCACUCGCCCGCGCCGCGCGCGCUCAUGGCGCCCUACUACAAGAGGCUGGGCCGCGACGCGCUGCUCAGCUGGGACGACGUGCUGGCCGUGCAGAGCCUAUAUGGGAAGCCUCGAGGGGGCUCCAUGGCCAUCCAGCUCCCAGGAAAGCUAUUCACUGACUUUGAAGCCUGGGAAACCCACACCCCUCAAAGCAGUCGUCCUGAAACUCGUGGUCCGAAAUAUUGCUACUCUCCUUUCGAUGCCAUCACUGUAGAUGGGCAAGCACGGCUGUACGUUUUUAAAGGUAGCCACUUCUGGGAAGUGGCAGCUGAUGGCAAUGUCUCUGCACCACACCUGCUCCAAGAAAGGUGGGCGGGAUUACCCUCCAACAUAGAGGCUGCUGCAGUGUCCCUGGAUGAUGGAGACUUCUACUUCUUCAAAGGCAGUCGAUGCUGGAGGUUCCGGGGCCCCAAGACAGUGCGGGGCUCCCCGCAGCUGUGCCGGGCAGGGGGCCUGCCCCGCCACCCUGACGCUGCCCUCUUCUUCCCUCCUUUGAGCCGCCUUGUGCUCUUUAAAGGUGCCCGCUACUACGUGCUGGCCCAAGGGGGGCUGCGGGUGGAGCCCUAUUACCCCCGCAGCCUUCGGGACUGGGGUGGCAUUCCCGAGGAGGUCAGCGGUGCCCUGCCGAGGCCAGAUGGCUCCAUCAUCUUCUUCAGAGACGACCGCUACUGGCGCCUGGACCAGGCCCGGCUGCAGGUAACAGCCGAGGGCCGCUGGGCGUCAGAGCUGCCCUGGAUGGGUUGCUGGCAUGCCAACUCGGGGCGUGCCCUGUUCUGA